AUGUUCUACACAAUUAUUGGAAUCACUCUUUUAUUCCUAAAUCAAUGCCAGACCAUGUUUUUAAAUGAAGGCAAGGAUUCAGCUCACACAGGUGACUCAACCAAGUCCCUUGGUUAUAAAUCAGAGCUGUUCAGUAUCAAUCCAAAAUCAAUCAGCAAGGUUCCCAAGCUGGGAAAGAAAGAGGCAGAAGGAAUUUGUCAGGACUAUACCCAAGCAGAAAAGUCUUUUUUCUUUAUUGGUGCUGAUGGGGCAAUCAAGCCACCUGAUGGGGAGAAUAGUGUUAAACACAAGCAGAGGGUCAUGAAAGUUUUGACAGAGCUUGCUGCUAAGCUCAAUAAUCAAGUUUGGCUAGUGACCUCAAAGGAAGUGUCAGAACUUGAAACUACCUAUGGUAAAAUUCCUGAGCUAAAUCUAGCUGGAAAAAAGGGAGCAGAGUUGAGUGCAAGCAACAAUUUUUAA